UCUCCUCUAAGCGCGAUACUAAUUAAGCAUCGGGCAGGGUUAAUUCUCAGUUGGCGCGUUGCUGGAAGAAGAUUUGAUUCUCCAGUUGGCGCGAUAUUUCAGGCAAAGAUUAGUGCAAGUUUUUCUCUAUUACAAGAAUAUAUUGCUGGGAAGAUAACUCCUCCGGGCAAAGCUAUUGCAAAUGACGCUAAACAUCAAAUUAAGCAGGUUAAGUUGGUUGAUAUAUUUACAGAUAGAGUUGGUCGAAAACAGUACGAAUAUGCUGAUCGUGAAUUACAAGAAAUACUUGUAGAUCAGAGCGAACAAAAAAGAACGCGUAAAAAGCGU